AUGGGACCGCUGUUGAGUGGGCACACGACCUCGGCACUAGUUCAGUAUCAAGAUCUCAGUCUCGGCGCUCUCAGUCUCACUUGCGCAGACAUAAGAAAUCUAGUACUGUGUACGUUGGCUGGCUAUUUGUCUUGGGUUAAGAAGGAAAGCCAUGUAAAGAUUGAAUGUCUUGAUGCAUUUUCUGCGACAGGGCUGAUGGGACUCACUUGGAAGAGAUAUUUUCAGGAUCUAGUAAAGGUCACUCUCUGUGACAAUAACGAAACAGCAGUGGCUUGUAUCAGAGAAAAUUGCAAAUUGAACCAAAUCGCAUCGGUCACAGAGCAACCAAAGGAAGAAGUGUUUGACAGUCUUACACCAACCAGUCAAUCACUGGGAAUGUCAAAGAUCAUUGGUACAGCGGAUAACGUUGGAGUUGGGCUUCAGGGAAGAGACCCUCCCAUGGGAGCAAGUUCCGGUGUGGAUGAUUCAGAUUCAGUGACUGCAGAUGGAGAUGCGAGUGAAGUAGAAGUCGUUCACUCUGACAUUAACGUUCUUCUGCAUCAGCGAGGAUUUGAUUUUGUGCACCUGGAUCCCUAUGGAAGUCCUGUGUAUUAUCUGGAUGCUGCCUUCAGAAAUAUAAGGAAUGAUGGUGUCCUAACGAUAACUGCAACCGAUGUGUCAGCCCUGUAUGGAAAGUGCCCUCAGGUAACCCUGCGAAGCUACUCUGGUACAUCCAUGAAGAAUGAGUACACCAAGGAGCUGGCAGCUAGGUUGAUCUUAGCAGCUGUUGUUAGGGCAGCUGCAAGAUGUAACAAAGGUGUAAAGGUACUAGUGACAGCUGCUGCUGAACACUUCAUCUUCACAGCAGUACACGUGUACCGCGGAACUACGUUCGCAGACCAGUGCCUCUCCAAAAUACAGAAAGUCUUGCACUGCCAGAUGUGCGAGGAGCGGACGUUUAUUCCAAGAUCUCCAGCGCCGCUUGAGAAACCUUGUUCUUUGCUCUCCUGUAAGUGCAGUGAAGAAAUCACAGGAAGGACAGCUGUGGUAGUUGGCCCAGUAUGGUCGGGAGAUUUGUAUGAUGAGAGUUUUCUGAACGCCAUGCUAGAUGAAACUCGACGGAUGAAGUUGAACGACGGAAGGUUGAUCUCGAUGUUACAAACAAUGAGGUCAGAGGCUAGAUGCUCCGGAAUAGAUGCACCGUGUAGAACUACGACAGCCAGUAGUACAACACCUCCAAAGACAAACCAAGAAAGUGAUACUCAACAGUGCCAUGAAAAAACCAACGUUUGUGAUACCAGUAACGUUGGAGAAUUUGCGCCAGUGCGGGACGUGACGAACAAAUCUGAUGGUGGAAUCCUCGAGAAUGUGCCAAUAGAUGGCGCUGCUGCUGUUGCUGAGCAGAUGAAGCCUCUAGUGAAUGAGAACAGACAGGUGAAACGUUGUGCGAGUGAAGAGGCUGCGGGGCUGAGGAAGAAAAGACGAGAAGAGUUCAACGUUGAGCCGACCAUGCCGGCAUUUUUCUACAACCUUCAUCGGCAUAGCCUGAAGGCUGGAAACCUGUUAAGGGUUGAAAGGGUAAUCCACAGUCUGCAAGCAGAAGGCUAUCUCGCUAGCCGGACUCACUUUGAUGCAAGGGCUGUGCGCACCAACGCCACCUUGUGCCAAUUAAAGCAAGUAAUGGAGAAAUCUAGGGAUAUUUCAGAAACUUGCCAGAGCUGAAGCCAGUAAGGUAUAAUAAAUUGGAAUAAUUGUUCCAAUAAUGGAAACAUGGUGCCCUCUUUAUAGUGAUGUUAGCAGGCAUGAAGGUGAUAUAAACAAACAUUAUAGAGAUCAGGCUUGUCAAAUCAAACC